GCACACAGUACGCGAGUGGCUCAAAUUUCCAUAAAAAAGAGAAUAAUUCCCUUUCUUCCUCAACUCACAAUUUCAAAAUAUACAUACAACGAGUGCGUACACACUCGCCGGGGGCAGAGGACUUUUCAGCAAAGAAAAGACAUUUCCCAAUCAAAAUUCCACACACAGUAUUACGUUUUCGAUCAUAAACCCUAUUUUUUUUUUCAAUCAGCGUUACAACUUGCAGAAAAUCGAAGAACGAAGGGCCAAAAUCCACCCCCCAAAAAACGCCCUUGAACCACCGUCCCUGCCGCCGUGAACCGCCGUCUCCGGCGUCCUUACAGCACCCCGUUUUCGCCGCGCACCGAUUGUUUAGUUUGAAUUAUUUAUGGGCUCAAGAGAAAAUUAUUCUGACUCGAGUGGAGAAUUUGUUUUGGUGGAGGAAGAAUUUUAAUUUUGAAGAAACAGAGGCGAUGAGGAUUCUUCGAUUUUUGUUCUUGGUUUUCUCUCUCGGCAUAAAUGUACUCGUCGCUACAGCAUUCACCGGCACUUACGGAAUCAAUUACGGCAGGAUAGCAGAUAACAUCCCAUCACCCGAAAAAGUCGUCACAUUACUCAAAGCUGCAAAAAUCAAGAAUGUCAGAAUUUUCGAUGCCGACCAUUCUGUUCUGACUGCCUUCAAAGGCAGUGGGCUCGAAUUAGUUGUAGGUCUCCCAAACGAGUACGUAAAAGAAAUGAGUAGUAAUGCAGACCACGCGUUGACUUGGGUCAAAGACAACGUGAAAUCCUUCCUACCCGAGACAAAGAUCGUCGGAAUCGCAGUGGGCAACGAAGUUCUCGGCGGUGGCGAUUACGACCUGGCGGUAGCGUUGUUGGGCGCCGUGAAAAACAUACACAACGCCACCAAAACCCUCCACAUAGACAAAAUAGUCCAGAUCUCGACCGCUCAUUCGCAGGGCGUUUUCGCCAAUUCAUACCCGCCCUCUUCGUGUAUAUUCAAAGAAGGGGUUGACCAAUUAAUGAAGCCUCUGUUAGAGUUCUUUUCGGAAAUCCACUCGCCUUUCUGCCUCAACGCGUACCCGUUUCUUGCGUACACUUACAACCCGGGAAAAAUCGAUAUAAAUUACGCUCUAUUUCAGCCGACCGAGGGUAUCUACGACGAGAAGAGUAAUCUGCAUUACGAUAAUUUGCUCGACGCUCAAAUUGACGCUGCGUAUGCCGCUUUGGAUGAUGCGGGGUUCAAGAAAAUGGAGGUUAUAAUUACGGAAACGGGAUGGGCUUCGCACGGGGACCAGAGUGAACCCGGCGCUACAUCGAGCAACGCGAGGACUUACCAUUAUAAUUUAAAGAAGAGGUUGGCUAAGAGGAAAGGGACUCCAUUGAAGCCGAAAUUUGUUUUAAAAGCUUAUAUUUUCGCGUUGUUCAACGAGAAUUCGAAACCCGGAGCGGGGUCGGAGAAGUACUAUGGGCUGUUUAAGGCGGACGGGAGUAUAUCUUACGAUAUUGGAUUUUCUGGGCUUAAGUCUUCGUCUGCUUCUUCUUUAUCCCGUGUCUCGUUUAAGGACUUUCGAGGCGGACGAAUGUGGGCGGGAUCUUAUUCAUUGUUAUCGGCAAUUUCAGCCCCGAUAUUAAUCUUGCUAUUGAGAAUAUGAAUUUGGUUGCUAUUAUAUAUUGAAAUAAGAAAUUAGAUUCAUAAUAUGUAGUGAUAGCACUCUAUAUAUUUUAGGACUAUGCAUUAUAAAUUCUAUAUACCUAUUAUUAGCAGCCUGCUGAUCAUUUUAUUUAUC